AUGACUGAAAUCAAAGAAGAAGAUCUUUACAGCCGUCAGAUCUAUGCAAUUGGAUCAAAAGCUAUGGAGAAGCUUACCAAAUCAUCUGUUCUUAUCUCAGGAAUGGGUGCCGUCGGUGUUGAAAUUGCCAAAAAUGUAAUAUUAGCCGGCGUCAAAAAUGUCACUAUUCACGACACAAGAUUGACUACACUUGAUGAUCUUGCAGCUAAUUUUUACCUAAAUGAUUCUAAUAUAGGUACAAACAGAGCUAUUGCUUGUUCCAAGCUUUUAAUGAAACUAAACAGAUAUGUAUCGCUCGCUGUUAAUACAGAUGCAUUGACCAACGAGUUAAUCUUGCAGAAUCAGUGCUUUGUUCUUACAGAUUGGCAUUCAAGCAAAGAAAUUAGCGAAUACUCAGCAUUCUGCCACAAAAAUGGAAUUAAAUUCUUGUUUGCUGAUGUCAGAGGCCUAUUUUCCUUUAUUUUUGCUGAUAAUGGAAAAGAUUUCCUCAUUCGCAAGCAAGAUGAUACAGAACCGAUCAGGUUCGACGUCGCACAUAUCUCGAAUGAUCCGCAGGGUAUCGUUACAACCUCAAACCCACAUGGUCAUGGCCUUGAAACUUCAGGACAUAUCAAAUUUGCCGGAGUCGAAGGCAUGACAGAGGUAAACAACCAGACAUUCAAAUACAAGAAAGUUAAGAACGAUAAAUACCGAAUUGUCAUUGGAGAUACCACGAAAUUCGGAAAAUUCGUGAAUAAUAACAACACUGCCGUUGCCAUUGAAGUCAAAGCUGCGAAGAAAGAAUCCUACAAAGACUGGACAGCAGUUAUGAAAAAUCCGAAAGGUUUAUUCUACGAAUUUGAUUUUUCAAAAUUAGAAUCACACGCUCAAACCCUUUUAUUCUUCCUUUCAUACUACAACAUCAUCACAGAUUCACCUGCUGUUGAUUUCCCAGCAUUACUUGAAAGCGCGAAGCAAAUAAACGAAAAUACCAAACUUGUCGAUUCAAUUGACGAAGUUUUAUUACGUAAUUUCGCUAAUACUACUCUUUCCAUCAUCUCCCCGAUGUCUUCCAUCGUUGGAGGAAUUACCGGCCAAGAAGUUAUGAAAUCAUUGACCGGCCAAUUUACUCCUAUCAAGCAGAUCGUCACUUUAUCAUAUACAGAUGCCAUUCCCGACAUCAACAAUGUCGAUUUCGCACCAAAGAACGACAGAUAUGAUGCUUAUCGUCGCAUUUUCGGCAACAAACAGCAAGAAAUCAUGUCCGACCUUAACUAUUUCUUGAUUGGUGCCGGAGCACUUGGUUGCGAACUCCUAAAGAACUGGGCAAUGAUGGGUGUCGCCACAUCCGAAAAAGGAAAGAUAACCGUCACCGAUAUGGACCAAAUAGCGGUUUCUAAUUUGAGUAGACAGUUCUUAUUCCACGAAGAAGAUGUCGGAAAAAUGAAGUCAGAAAUUGCCACAAAAAGUGCCAAAGAAUUCAAUCCAUCGAUAAAAAUUGAACAUCAUAUCAACAGAUUGGAUGAAACAACAGCAGCAGAUGUAUACAACGAAGAGUUCUACAAGACAUUGAGUGGUGUUUGCAACGCUUUAGAUAACAUUCCAACACGUCAAUUCUCCGACCAAUUAUGUGUUCAAAGAUUGACUUCACUUUUGGAGUCAGGAACACAAGGAACCAAAUGUAACUUCGAAGUAUAUAUUCCUCACAAGACACAGUCAUAUUCAUCCAUAGGAAACUACGAAGGUGGCGGUGUUCCUAUGUGUACAAUCCAUGAAUUUCCGACAAACAUCAGUCACACGAUCACAUGGAGUUUAGAUUUGUUCGGAAACAUGUUUGAAAGUGAUCCUGAAACAGUCAACAGUUUCCUCAAAGACAAGGAUUACGUGAAACACAUGAAAGAAGAAGAUAUUGGUCACGUUAAAACAGCAAUUGAAAUUGUUGAAAAGAUGUUGAUCAAUAACAAACCAAAUGAUUACAAAGACUGUGUUUUGUUGAUGAGAAAUGUAUAUCAGAAAUCUUUUAUUGACUUAAUCCAUGAAGUUCUUAAAAAGAAUCCUGUUGAUUCCGUUGACGACCAAGGAAGAAAGUUCUGGCUCUCAGAAGGAAGAAGAUUACCUCAUCCGUUGGAUUUUGAUGAAAAUGAUGAGUUAACAAAAGAAUUCAUCAAAUAUGGAGCAAGAUUAAUUUCUGAAGUUUACGAUAUCAAAGUAACUGAUGAAGAUCCAAUGGAAAUACUUAGAAAUAACGAUUUCCAGAGAUUUUCUCAAAAAGAAAAUUCGGAUGCAAAUAAGGAAAUUAAUAACGAUAUCCAUUCAAAUUUGAGAGAAACAUGUAAACCAUUGAAAUCAUUUUCAUUUGAAAAAGAUGAUCCAUCGAAUGGCCACGUUGAUUUCAUUUAUGCCACAGCAAACUUGAGAGCUAAAUGUUAUGGAAUCAUCACAGAAAAUAAAAUGGAAGUGAAGAGAAUUGCAGGAAACAUUGUUCCAGCACUUGCUACGACAACAUCAUUAGUUUGCGGUUUCGUUUGCAUGGAAAUGUAUAAAUUACAUUCACAUAUUCCAAAGGAUAUCUCUGAGUUCAGAUGGGGAGCUGUAAAUCUCUCUAACAACUUCAUUUCUUUGUUUGAACCUGGUUUGGCUACGACAGAAAUUGUUCAAACAACAGGAGAAAAAUUCAAUUUCUGGGAUAAGUGGACAUUCGAUGAUUUACCUGUUUCAGACAUAAUGAAGGCCCUUGAAUCAUCUACAAAAGGAACAAUUUCAAUGCUAACAAUUGGUGACAUCAUUGUUUACGCAGAUUUCAACGAAAGAGAUGAAGUGAAACUUGGAAAGAAAGUUUCUGAAGUUUUGAAAGAAUUAAACAUUCCUCUUAAACCAGGAACACUAUAUAUCAAGGCCAAAGUACUUAUUAAUGAUGAAAACAACAACUCAAUCAAUCAUCCUCCUGUUUAUUUCAAAGUUAACUAA